CGCGCGCGCUUGGGAUUGUUGUAGCAACACGAAACCAUACCGCAUCGCGUGCGCGACAGAUGGUGCACACACAGUACGAGGACGAGGCAGGCCAUGGACCUCGACCUCGCCGUGCAAGAGACCCGGCCGGCCGUCCCCGGCGAGGACUUCGACUUCACCACCACCGAGACCGACGCCGCCUUCCUCGUCCUCGCACACCUCCCCGGGUAUGGCAAGGAUGAGAUCGAUGUCCGCGUCGGCGACGGCGGCAGGGAGAUCGGCGUCGUGGUGGGCGCGAGGAAGAACUAUGGUGGUGGGCUGGCGGUGGAGGCCGCGGCGGCCGGGAGGCGGCUGCGCGUGGCGCACCGGCGGACGGUGGAAGGGUUCCGCCGCACGUUCGACGUGCCGCCCGGCGUCGAGGUGGGCCGGAUCACCGUCGGGUUCGAGGAGGACGACGAGCUGCUGGUCGUCAUCAUGCCCAAGCUGCGGCAGCAGGCGCCGCCCGAGGAGGACGACGGGGAGGCGCGCCUUGACGUCGAGAGCACGGACUGGGAGUAUGCUUCGUCGGACGCGACGGAGGUCGACCUCGACGAUGCGUCGAGCGUCGAGCUGGAGCAGGAGGACUGGGUCGACGUCGAGUCGUCCGAGUCGGAGCCCGAGUCGCCUCGCGACUUGCCGGUGGAGACGCCGGUGGAGAUACAGGAGCCUGAGCCGCCGCGGGACGUGCCGGUGGAGACGCUGGUGGAGGUACAGGGGCCGGAUCCCGUGGUCACGGAGGUGGCCGUGGAGACGCCAGUGGAGGUCGAGGAGCCCCCGGUGGUGGACAUCGAGUGCGACGUCGUGUUCGAGGUCCCGGUGUACACGGAGCUGCCGGUGGAGACGCCGAUAGAAGUGCUCGUGCCUGACCCACCGGCCGACGACGUGACGGACCCGCCGGUCGACAUCCCGUGCGACGUCGAGUUCGACCAGCCGUUCGAGGCGCCACCGGCCGCCGUCGAGGAGCCCAAGCCGCCGCCUGUCGCCGAAACACCCGCCGAGGAGCCAGAACCACCGUCGUCACCGCCUGUCGCCGAAACACCCGCCGAGGAGCCAGAACCACCGUCGCCGCCGCCUGUCGCCGAAACGCCCGCCGAGGAGCCAGAACCACCGUCGCCGCCGCCUGUCGCCGAAACGCCCGCCGAGGAGCCAGAGCCACCGCCGCCGCCGCCUGUUGUUGAAACACCCGCGGAGGAGCCAGAGCCACCGACGCCACCGCCUGUGGUUGAAGCACCCGCGGAGGAGCCACCGCCGCCGCCGGUGGAACCACCCGCCGAGGUUCUGGCGCCAGUCGACCCACCACCGGUUGAAGACCCGCCGCGGGUGGAAACACCCGCCGAGGAUCCACCGCCGGUCGACCCACCACCGGUAGAGGAGCCACCGCCGGUGGAACCGCUACCUGUGCAGCAGCCACCGCCGGUCGAACCACCGGCAGAGAAACCAGAGCCAAAGCUCGAAGAGAAACCGCUUCCAUCGCCGCCUAGUGAGCCCGAGAACAGCAACGACUCAGGUACAGGCAGUGAAUCGGACAACGACGCGGGAGGCCGCGGCAAUGGCAGGCGACGAGGAGUCGGGAGAGGGCGGCGGAGGGGCAGGCGGCGCGGCAGGUUCCCGCUGGGCAUGGCGGUCGCCCCCGCCGUGAUCCUGCUCGCGUUCGCGGUGGCCGUGGCCAGGAGGCGGCGGCAGCAGCGCGGGGGGUGACGUCGCUUGGUCGAUCCAGCAGAAUCUGUGUGCGUGCGUGCGUGCGUGCGUGCCGGAACGAUUCUUUAGCUAGCGGCGCGUUACAGUUGUGUAAAAUCGAAUUUUCGUGUGGUUUUGUUCUCGACACUGAGUUUUUGUGUGAUUUGAGCAUUCAACCGCUACUUUU